AUGAUCUCGCGAGAGCUCAGGCAGAGCUUGGAUCUUGCAGUCCAUCAUGAAAGCUCACGAUUGCUGGACAAUCUUGCACUGCUGCACUCCUUCGAUGGCGCAGAUGAAACCAAUCUUGCUACGAUCAAGCUCAUUUCACCCUCAGCAGCUCUUCUCGCAUCAGAAAGUGCUUUGUCAAGUCGUGCUCUGCUCGCUCUAUCAGUCUGCUAUGCGUACAACUCGCAAGCAUUCGAUGGUCUGGCUCGAGAGGCAAUGCGAUCGCCCAAGCUGACCAACGAGCUCCAAGUCAGCGUUGAUCAAUCAUUGCAAUACCUCAAGCAGUCGCUCGCAGAGCGGGCGUCCACACUCGAUGGCAUCACCGUCUUUGCAACGCUACUACGGUUGCAAGCUCACUCGAGCGAUAUCGCGCAGCUCUACGCACUUACGCCGGACUAUUUGCCCGAUGUCGCGAGCCUGUAUGACAAGCUGUCCGUGCAAGACGAGCAGGAGGAGCAUGCCUACCGAGACGCACAGCUUGAUCUGCUCGAGUUCACCCACCUCGUCCUCGCAUCGGCAAGGCAACACCACAGCGACGACAUGGCAAUCAGACAAAGUCUCGAUCUGAUCUCUGCGCUGUUGAGGCAUCAGCGCACUCGCCCAAGGCGGAAUGUCCCGCUCAUCGCUCAGCUAGAGCUCGAGUCCCACUUGUCCUCGGUGCUCAGUGACCGUUUCGUGCAAGAGAAUGGAGAUGUGGAUUCUCGCAUAGAGUACCUGGUCAUCACUCUCAAAGAGCUCGCGAGCGAUCAGCCAGACCAGCUCGCCAAGGGGCACGCUCACCAACAGGACAACACAGAUGUCAUCUUGUCGCAAGUCAAAGAGAUUCUACCAGACUGCGACUUGGACCGUGCGCGCACCUUGCUGUCACGGGAGCCUCUUGCCUCGAUGACAGCCGAGCAGGCUGAGAUGUCGCUCAUCGACACGCUCCUGGCCGAACCAGACCCAGCGCCCGCUCGGCAACCGAUAUCAUCUUCUCGUGCCCUUUUCGAUGGCGAUUUUGAUGCAUCACAAGUCCGGCUGGGCAAACAGUCUGCUCCUGUAACGCUGGCCCGGGACGAAAUCGCCAUGACCGAGAAUAUGAAAGCGCUCACACUUGCUCGGGCUCAGGCGGCAAUGGAGGAAGAAGCAGCCUUGUCAGAUGAGGAUGAUCUGUUUGCAGAUGCGCCGAAGCGAGUGCCAGCUUACCUGAGUGAUGACGACGAAGCGGCCGGACACGAGCGAGAUGACUCAGACGAGGAGCAGCAGCAGCCCUCGCGUGCACCUAGCCCGCCACUUGCCAAUCCCAUCACGCCCCGCAUUGCAAGACUGCUCGAGCAAGCCUACAUUGCCGACCCGACCGUCUUCGACCGAACAUCAGAAGUCAGGCGGUCCAAGGCUCGUCAACAGCUCAAGGACUCGAUAGGCGUUCAGGCGGACGAGCUUCUCGAGGGCUGGCGAGUCAUGCUGGAGCGUAAUCCGCGCAAGGAUCGCAUACUCGGUAAGCACGCUUACUCCGCGCCCGAUAAUGCUCCACCAGAAUCAAACUCGGCAACACCCGCUCAAGCUGGCACACGAGGUAGAGGCACUUCCCGCGGACGCGGUCGUGGGCGAGGACAGACCAAUGGUGGAAAGGCCGCACACGAAAGACGGCGGCGUGGCCAUGAUCGCAAGGUUGCAAACAUGUUGUAG